AUGGGGACCGCGAGCGGCCGCCGGGGGCCGGGGCCGGGGCCGCUGCUGCUGCCGCUGCUGCUGGCACUGCUGCUGCGCCCGCCGCCCGCCGCCCCGCAGCUCCACCCCGACCUGCUGCCCGGGAACUUCUCCGGCGACGAGGCCGGCGCGCUGCGCUUCGCCGACAGCUACAACAGCAGCGCCGAGCGGGUGCUGUUCCUGAGCACCGCGGCCAGCUGGGCGCACGACACCAACAUCACCGCCGAGAACGCGCGGCGCCAGGAGGAAGCCGCGCUGCUCAGCCAGGAGUUCUCCGAGGCCUGGGGCAAGAAGGCCAAGGAGCUGUACGACGGCGUCUGGGAGAACUUCAACGACCCCACGCUGCGCAGGAUCAUCAGCGGGGUGCGCAUCCUGGGCCCUGCCAACCUGGACAUGAGCAAGCGGCAGCAGUACAACUCUCUGCUAAGCAACAUGAACAGAAUCUACUCCACCGCCAAGGUCUGCUUCCCCAACAAGACUGCCCCCUGCUGGUCCCUGGACCCAGACCUUACCCACAUCCUGACUUCCUCACGAAGCUACGCCCGGCAGCUGUUCGCCUGGGAAGGGUGGCAUAAUGCUGUGGGGGUCCCGCUGAAACCGCUGUAUGAGCAAUUCACUGCCCUCAGCAACGAGGCUUACAGGAGUGACAACUUCACAGACACAGGGGCCUACUGGCGCUCCUGGUAUGAGUCACCCACCUUUGUGGAGGACCUGGAGCGUAUCUACAAACAAUUAGAGCCCCUCUACCUGAACCUCCACGCCUAUGUCCGCCGGGCGCUGCACCGCCGCUACGGGGACAGAUACAUCAACCUCAGGGGACCGAUCCCUGCUCACCUACUGGGGAACAUGUGGGCUCAGAGCUGGGAAAAUAUCUACGACAUGGUGGUGCCGUUCCCGGACAAGCCCAAUCUCGACGUCACCAGCACCAUGGUGCAGAAGGGCUGGAAUGCGACAACCAUGUUCCUGGUGGCCGAGCAGUUCUUCACCUCCCUGGGGCUCGAGCCCAUGCCUCCUGAGUUUUGGGCAGAGUCCAUGCUGGAGAAACCCAAAGAUGGCCGCGAGGUGGUGUGCCACGCCUCCGCCUGGGACUUCUACAACAGGAAAGACUUCAGGAUCAAGCAGUGCACGCGGGUCACUAUGGACCAGCUCGCCACGGUGCACCACGAGAUGGGCCACGUGCAGUACUACCUGCAGUACAAGGACCAGCCGGUGUCCCUGCGGCAGGGCGCCAACCCUGGCUUCCACGAGGCCAUCGGGGACGUGCUGGCGCUCUCCGUGUCCACUCCCGCGCAUCUGCACAAAAUUGGCCUGCUGGACCGCGUCACCAAUGACCAUGAAAGCGACAUCAACUUCUUGUUAAAGAUGGCCCUGGAAAAAAUUGCCUUCCUGCCCUUUGGCUACUUGGUGGACCAGUGGCGCUGGGGGGUCUUUAGUGAGAGUACCCCCCCUUCCCGCUACAACUUUGACUGGUGGUAUCUCCGAACCAGGUAUCAGGGGAUCUGCCCUCCGGUUGCCCGAAACGAAACCCACUUUGAUGCUGGAGCUAAGUUCCAUGUCCCAAACGUGACACCGUACAUCAGGUACUUUGUGAGUUUCGUCCUGCAGUUCCAGUUCCAUCAAGCCCUGUGCAAGGAGGCGGGCCAGACCGGCCCGCUGCAUCACUGUGACAUCUACGAGUCCACCAAGGCAGGGGCCAAGCUCAAGAAGUUGCUGCAGGCGGGGUCCUCGCGGCCCUGGAAGGAUACCCUGAUGGAGAUGAUUGGCUCCAGGGACAUGGACGCUGAGCCUCUGCUCCACUACUUCCAGCCGCUCACCGAGUGGCUAAAGCAGCAGAACGAGAAGAACGGCGAGGUCCUGGGCUGGCCGGAGUACCAGUGGCAACCCCCGCUGCCCGAAAACUACCCAGAGGGCAUUGACCUGGUGACUGACGAGGCUGAAGCCAGCAAGUUCGUGGAGGAGUAUGACCAGCGGUCCCAGGGGGUGUGGAAUGAAUACACUGAGGCCAACUGGAACUACAACACCAACAUCACCACAGAGAACGGCGGGAUCCUGCUGCAGAAGAACCUUCAGGUCUCCAACCACAGCCUGCACUAUGGCACUCGGGCCAAGCAGUUUGAUGUGACCCACUUCCAGAACACCACCAUGAGGCGGAUAAUAAAGAAGAUUCAGGACAUCGAGCGGGCAGCACUCCCUGUCAAGGAGCUGCAGGAGUACAACCAGAUCCUGAUGAACAUGGAGACCGCAUACAGCACGGCCAGUGUGUGUCACGCCAACAAAACCUGUCUCCAGCUUGAGCCUGAGCUGACACAUCUCAUGGCCACAUCCCGGAACUAUGACGACCUGUUAUGGGCGUGGAAGGGCUGGCGAGACCAGGCGGGGAAAACCAUCCUCCUGCAUUUCCCAAAAUAUGUGGAACUCACCAACAAGGCGGCCCGGCUCAACGGCUAUGUGGAUGCAGGAGACUCGUGGAGAGCUGUGUACGAGAUGCCGUCCCUGGAGGCUGAGCUGGAGCAGCUCUACCAGCAGCUGCAGCCGCUCUACCUGAACCUGCACGCCUACGUGCGCCGGGCCCUGCACCGCCACUAUGGGCCCGAGUACAUCAACCUGCAGGGCCCCAUCCCGGCGCAUCUGCUGGGGAACAUGUGGGCGCAGACCUGGGCCAACGUCUAUGACUUGGUGGUGCCCUAUCCGUUAGCCCCCAAGCUGGAUGUCACGGAGAACAUGAUAAAGCAGGGCUGGACACCCCGAAGGAUGUUUGAGGAAGCCAACAAAUUCUUCACCUCCAUGGGGAUGCUGCCAGUGCCCCCUGAGUUCUGGAACAAGUCGAUGCUGGAGAAGCCAACCGACGGGCGGGAGGUGGUAUGUCAUGCCUCCGCCUGGGACUUCUUCAACGGAAAGGACUUCAGGAUCAAGCAGUGCACCUCUGUGAACAUGGAGGAGCUGAUCGUGGUUCACCACGAAAUGGGCCACAUACAGUAUUUCAUGCAAUACAAGGACUUGCCUGUGACCUUCCGGGAGGGCGCCAAUCCUGGUUUUCACGAGGCCAUUGGGGACGUGCUGGCCCUCUCAGUGUCUACCCCGAAGCACCUGCGCAGCAUCAAUCUGCUGAGCAGCAAGGGUGGCGAAUACGAGCAAGACAUCAACUUUCUAAUGAAGAUGGCGCUGGACAAGAUCGCCUUCAUCCCCUUCAGUUACCUGGUUGACCAGUGGCGCUGGAGGGUGUUUGACAACAGCAUCACCAAGGAGAACUACAACCAGGAGUGGUGGAGCCUCAGGCUGAAGUACCAGGGCCUCUGCCCCCCAGUGCCCAGGAAUCAAGAGGACUUUGACCCAGGGGCCAAGUUCCACAUUCCUGCAAAUGUGCCUUACCUCAGGUACUUCAUUGGCUUCCUCAUCCAGUUCCAGUUCCACGAGGCACUGUGUAACGCGAGCGGUCACCAGGGCCCCCUGCACACGUGUGACAUCUACCAGUCCAAGGAGGCAGGGACGCUCCUGGCGGAUGCGCUGAAACUGGGCUCCAGUAAGCCAUGGCCAGAAGCCAUGAAGCUGAUCACAGGCCAGCCCAACAUGUCGGCCUUACCCAUGAUGAACUACUUCCAGCCGCUGCUGGAAUGGCUCCAAAAUGAGAACCAGCGAAACAAGGAGACGCUAGGCUGGCCGCAGUACAACUGGUUGCCAUACACCGCUCUCCCUGUUUCCUGCCCAGGUCGCUCAGAAGGCUCCUUAACAGAUACUGGCCGUGUCAACUUCCUGGGCCUGGACCUGGACGAGCACCAGGCCCGCGUGGGCCAGUGGAUAUUGCUGUUCCUGGGCGUUGCCCUGCUGGUGGCCACCCUGGGCCUCAGCCAGCGGCUCUUCAGCAUUCGCAAACAUAGCUUCCGCCACCAUGGGCCCCAGUUUGGUUCUGAGGUGGAGCUGAGACACUCCUGAGGGGACUGAGCUGGAGCAGGCCUGCUGGGGAGCACUAGACUCUGAGAAACUGGCAUGGGGGCCUGCCGUGAGCCAAGGACAAGCCGCUCCUCUCACAGCUCACCCCAGUCCUCCUCGUCCCCCUGCCCGGGUCCCCCUCAGCCCACAGCCUCCAGUCCUGUGCUCAGGAUCAUCCUCCAGACCCCACCACCCUGGGCCCUGCCUGCCCUGCCCCACCCCACCAGCCCUCAGGCACCAGCCACCUCUCUGUGAAUACAAUUAAAGUCCCUGCCCUCCCCACCUGAGUCUGUGUCCCUCCAGGGAAACCAGGACAGGGACAGAGGCCCGCUCUCCUACUUCCUGGCAUCAAGCAAGUCACUUGGCUGGGCAUUUUCAGCCACCCCCUAAGAAAAGCCUGGGAGGUCCCCCAGAGCACUGGCCCCACAUCACACAGGCCCACGUAUCUCCCCUCAAACCCCAGCAGCUGCUCAACAUCCUGCCAUGACAGGCAGCCCUGCUGGGCCCUAACUCUGACAAGCAAAGAAGAGCAGACAUUCCGGGCUUCUGGCCUAGCUUUCACUUGCUUUGGGAGGCCUGCCUCAGGCGCUGUCCCACACUGGCACCCACCCCCAGCUCUUUCCCUAAUUGGCCAGAUCCCCAAGAGGGAGGGCUCCUGGCUGGCCUCUGGGUCCAAGUGGAAGGCACCUGAUUCGUUGAGCAUGCAGAGUCAGCCCCAUGGUCACCCCAGGCUCCGACCUACACCAGCUCCAUGUCCACUUACGUGAGUAGACAGAUCCGCUCGAGCAUUGCCAAGGGGCCCAAGGUCAGGCCUGUCUGUCCCACCUGGAGCAGGACCCUAAAGACCACAGUGUGACCGUAACUGGUACCCACAGGGAGGAACUUCCAGAAACUACCCUGCCCAUCCCCCAGGCAGCCCCUAUCCUGAGCCCGCCUUGGAAGGCCAACAAGGGUUUGAGGGAGUGUCAUUUGAGGGACAUUUUUAUAACUUCUACCUACAUGCUCCCUGUAGAAAUCGGGAAAAUAAAAGCCCUUUGUACAGCAACAC